CGUCAUCACCAAAAGUCUUCCUGGAAAAGGUUUAGAAAAAGAUUUAGAAGAGCAAAAGCUAUUGUGUGAUAUGCGAGGAGAGCAGUUCUGGCACAGUGUAACAAAGAUGGAAUUACUGCAUCCACCCCUCCUGCUACCUCCACCCCCAAAAAACUGAAAACUUCCUGAUUUGUGUUCAUCAAUAAUUAAGAGCCCAUCAGCAAUACUCAGAGGGAGCUUGCAUUGCACUUCUGAGCAGCCAGUUAGUAAUGUACGGUGGAGCGAUCCUCUCUUUCAAAUCCCAGGGCUCCAGGCCAUGCAAUGCUAGUAUUGCAUUUUCAAUUAGCUUCUGAGUGAAUGCUUGGCAUAUGCAGAAGUGAACUGGUACACAAUUAGCUUAUUGUUCCUUUCAGCUUUGUGCUGAGAGGAUCUGAAGUACUGAAGAAGAGAGGGGGGAAAAAUAGCCAAGCCAGCAGCAUCUCUGUGGAUGUGGAACAAGGGCGCUGCUCGGUUCACACAGAUCCACUUGCUAAGUCGGGAAUUACAGCUGUUACUGAGGAGCACGCGGCACGGCUCUCGGGAGGGUGCUGAGGGGAGCUGAGGCUCUGCUCUCAGGCACUCCAGGCUCUGCUCUUACUCGCCUCACCUCAACACUGCCAUGGAGCCCAACAGCCCCAAAAAGAUCCAGUUUGCUGUACCGCUGUUUCAGAGCCAAAUAGAUCCCGAAGCAGCUGAGCAGAUAAGGAAAAGAAGGCCUACACCAGCAUCACUUGUCAUCAUGAAUGAGCAUGUGCCCCCAGAAAAAGAUGAAAAGAGAGCAAACAUCUCACAGGCAGAAUGCCAGAGCUCAUCACCAAAGCAGCGGAAGCAGAGUGUGUACACCCCACCUGCCCUCAAAGGGAUAAAGCAUCUGAAGAGUCAGAGUGAUUCAGCAUUCCCAGAGGAGGAAGAGGGAAUUGGUGAAAGAGAAGAAGAAUGGGACCACUAAGCAAUGCAAGUCUGCCUGGGGCAAGGUACCUCGAUGUGACACUGCGUGUGCGUCCCAACAUUCACCACCACUUGUGUUCCCACACAGCAGGGUGUGCUGGGGGCACACCUUGACUGGGCUUUACAGCCACCUGCAAAUCUGUUCUGUGAGCCUUAUACCCAGAGAUAAAACAGUUGUUUUAACAUCACUCUUCUUUCAUUUUCUAUGACAUAGAAAUGUCAUUGCAAACACGGUAGCGAUCUGUUGGCAGUAAUGCCAAAGCUUAACUUCUGUGUGUGAGUUGUGUUCUAAGACCUGUUGUAAAUAAAUCCCAUUUAAGAGAUACAAAAUAAAAAAUAAGUUCUGUUAGACAAGGAUGUUGUCUGUAUGUUGUACCAUGGGUUUGUCUAGCCUGUGGAGGAGUGUUUGUGUAGAAUGACCUUGUCAGUUAAAGGCUGCUUUUACCAGUAACAUUAGAGUGACCCACAACAAUGUGGACAGGAACAAAAUAAGCAGAGGCACCUCUUCAGUGUAAUGGAGAAUUAUGCAGAUGUUCUUUGGUGUCUUCCCGAUACACAACAGUUAAAGUACUUUUCUGGCUUUUUCUGUAUUUUGUAUCAGCUAAGUUUGUUACAAAGACUCAACUCUCCACUGCUUUCAGUCUUUCAGUCUUCAGGCAUAUGAAAACACAGAACCUUCUGUCUAUGCCUGGCGUGAUAAUUUCAUUUGCAGCUCUUGCUCUUCCAUGAAAACCCGCUGAGAGAAGGAUAGCUUAACAAGUGUCCCUUUGUAGCUGGGAGCCAUCUUGUUGCCCUCCAUCUGCACUCCCGUAUCUGUCCUCUUUGUCACCAUUACUGCAAUCAGUUUCUGUGACUCUUGCUCUGUUCAGCUGCACAGGAAGAAUUAAAAGGACUCUUCAGUUGGGCAGGAACAGCUACAGGGCUGAGGGCUUAUUGUGCUACAAAAAAGGAAAGGGGGGAAGUAAUCCUUUGUAAAACAUCAGAACAGACAAAGUCAAGAUUGGAAUGGUAUCAAGAGAAGCUGGGCUCUGCUCCCAGCUUUGUCACGGCUUUGAUUUUGCAUGGUGCCAGGCUCUUCACUUAACUUUGGCUGUGGCAGUAAAAUGGUGACCAAUAUAGAGGCACUGUGUCACUGGCUGAUAAACGCAUCUAGUAUUAAUUUUUGCUGGUUAUUAGUACCCAGGGGCUUCACAUAAGAAUUCCCUAUGGGCCAAAGGAAUAAAACUUGCAUAAAUUGUAAUAAACUAUACAAACACAAGGCACUUUGAGACCUCAGCAUUUCAGAGGCAGCACAAAACACCUGAUAAGAGUGUAGAGAAUUCAUCACAAGUAGCUUGUUUCAGGAUUAUUGUUCGACUGAAGGAUGAUUACACUUUAUGAAUUAGAUUUAUAAAUUAGAUUUAAUUUGAACCAGAUCUGAGUGUGUUGCAGAGCUGUUACUGCAGAGAUGAGAGAACAAGAAGUCUGUUUAACAGCCUUUAUCAUGGAACGAAGCACCAUGGUCUGUUAAGGGCCUCAGAUAGCCAUGCCUCAAUUUAAAUGCUUCUCUAAAUCCAGGUCUUAUCACCUCCUUCAUCUCUAAAUACUCCAGCUGUGCUCUAUCAUUUGUAAAGCCUGUUGCUUUCCCUCUGUCCUGACCCAGAGUUAUGCACGCAGCAUGUCUGAGUGUAGCAACAGACUGAUCAUUUUUGGCAAAGCGACAGGGCUUGUCCCCUGGAGGUUUCUGUGGAUCUCCGUCACCAUUUGCUGGUGUUAACCUCACCUAAAGGACAUGGAUAGAAUGCACAUUUUUCUAUACAACAACAAUUCAUAAUCAGACAGUUAAACAAACUCUAUCUGACCUUUCACUUGAGAGAGGUAUACCAUAAGGGAGGCUAUGAGGAAAGAGGGAGGAAAACAUCAGGGCCCAGAAAAAAAUAAAAAUAUCCAACUAAAAGUGCUUGCCAUAGAGCAGAGCUGUAGCAGUGCAGUGACUUAUCAGUGAAUCUCAGGAUGAAAAUGUCUGGGAAGACAGUAAGUGUGAUCACAUGGAAUGUGUGGGACAAGUGGAGGAUCAGAUACAGCCAGCAUGGGUUCAUGAAAGGAAGGACUUGCUUGAGUGGCAUGAUCUUCUAUGAUUGAGUGACCCAUGUGGUGGAUGAGGGAAAGGCUGCUGACAUAGGUCUACGUAGAUUUCAGCAAAGCUUUUCACGAUGUCUCCCACAGUAUUCUCCUAGAGAAGCCGGCAGCCCACAGCUUGGACAGGUACAUUUUUUGCUGGGUAAGGAACCAGCUGUGGUGGUGAAUGGAGAUACAUCCAACUGGCAGUCCAUCAUAAGUGGUGUUCCCUAAGGGGUUGAUAUUGGAGUCCACUCUGUCUUUAUUGAUGACCUGGAUGAUGGGAGGGAGAGCACCCUCAGUAAAUUUGCAAAUGACACCAAACUAUCAAUCUGCCUGAGGGUAGGAAGGCCCUACAGAGCGAUCUGGACAGGUUGGAUCACUAAGCUGAGAGCACAAAAUGUAUGAGGAGAGGCUAAGGGAGCUGGGAUUGUUUGGUCUGGAGAAGAGGAGGCUCAGGGGAGACAUUAAUACUCUCUACAACUACCUGGAAAGAGGUUGUGGUGAGCUGGGGGUUGGCUUCUUCUCCCAGCCCACAGCAAUAGGAUGAAGGGGAAUGACCUUAAGCUGUACUAGGGUAGAUUCAUUUUGAAAUAAAAAACACCUAGGCAAUCCUUCAGCUAUACUAUAGGGAUUCAUUUCUUUAGGGUAGCAAACUUUAAUAUAGUUUACUUUUAAAUACCAUAUAAAAUUUAAUAUUGCAUAAAAUUUGCUUUUUGAAACAGAACAGGUUGUUGUUGGGCAACCUUCCAAUGGAAAUCUUUGUUGAGUCUCCAUGAAUAUUGUUUCCAUGUUAUUAUGACUUGGUUUGACCUGUCUGAGAAGAGUCGUCUGGUAGAACUGCUGGAGAACCAAGAACUGGAGUCGAUGGGUCAGGUAGAACACAGCAAGUUCCCUGAGCACCUUUCAAGAUGCUGAACCUUAACAAUCACCAUGUUUCUACUCUUUCACUUUCUCAGAAACAGAGAUGAUUUCUACAUGUUUGUAGUGUAAGAAUUGACCAAAGAAUAUGGAAGCAAGACUUUUAGAGCUGGAUUGUAUUAGUCCAUACUCCAUGAAUGAACUGAUGGAGAAAGAAGAGGUUAGAAAGAGAUUUAAUGAGCAACUCUGAUUUGUAGUUUUUCUUCUCAUCUCUCAUUGUGUUUUUAUGUCUAUGGCCUUUCUGUGCUGCUGUUCUUCCUUUCAAGAUAUUGCAGGAAAUGAUAUCUGCAGAAUGAUGGCUACAGCAAGAUUUGAAAGAAAACUGUCUCUUUGGACUGAUUUCAGCUUUUUCCCAGAAUCCCACAGCUCAUUAAUGAACAGCAAUUUAAAAGUGCUUUGUUAUUGCAUUUUACAGCCUUAUUUCUUUUUUCUUGUGUUAUAGUUGUUAUUCCAUGACAGAUUUUUCCCUUUGAUUUAUUGAGACAUUGUGCUAAUAAGUUGGUUGGAAAAAUUCCAUGACUUGA